AACGGAAUAAGUAUGCGUCGCGUUCAAGCUUUAAUUCACGCUCGGCGCUCGAGCGGUGCGCACCAAGAAAAGGAGAGGGUCUUUACGAAAUCUUUUGUGAAAAAGAUAUUCCUUCAAGGAUCAAGGAUCUCAAAAGUGAUUUCUGAGAAACGAUAGAAUACGAUUGUGCGAAGGAUCCGAGUUAUACGAGGGUUCAGUAUUUCUUUUGAGGAAAAGAUGAACGUUUUACGCGGGAUGUUCUUCGUUUGGUUUUUCAUUCACAUGGUAUUCUCUGGCCAAAAUCCAGGUGCGGAGGCCAGAAUGGAAGAACGUUUUGAGAAAUGUUGCGGCUUGGGCACCUCGUGGGCCUUGGAGGGACUCGGUUGCGAGAAAUUCACCGGGCCUGUUCCAGGAGUGCCUCAGCUGGAGCAAGGACUCUGUUUAGAAGCUGUAGAUAUCUGCUGCGUGAGGACGUACCACGAACAGCAAUGCAAGAAGGGAAAAGCGGACGCCCGUGCCGGCGCCGCCUGCGUCACUGCUACUUCUGUAAAAAGUAGAAGACUGGCCGGUCCCGGGGACUAUCAUCGCGACUGCUGCGAAGCCUGUAAAUUAGGAAUUCUGACCGGAUCUAUGGGUCAGGGAUGUGCCUUUAAAAAAUUCACGUUUGGAAAUCCUUGGGACCCGGCGUUCCUCGAAUGUUGCCACGAGGCUUCGCCGAGUACUACUACGAACUUCCCUACGAACGCAUCGUCACCGGUAAACGAGACAACGGAUACAGAAUCGAGUACGACGAAUUCGUCAGAUACGUCGUUCUCUCCAAUGAUACCCACACCCCCGUUGGACGACAUUUGUCAGCUAAUGAGAGGCUUGCUUUGUUCGGAUAUUUGCGUUCCCACGCCUGGCUCUUAUUAUUGCAAAUGUCGCGACGGUUUUACCCUUCUGGAAGACGGCAAAACCUGUAGCCAAGAUUUACCCACGGAUAGAUGCAAGUCGAGCAAUCCUUGCGAGCAACGUUGCACGGACAACGGAGUCGCCGUCACGUGCAGUUGCGAUCCCGGUUACGUUCUAGCGGACGAUGCACGUUCCUGCAUUCUGAAAUCGACGGAGAUGAGAACGACCGUUCCAGAUUCCGACGAUUUCUCGCCUGUUUGCCCCGUGGGCUACCGCUACAACGCCGGCAGCCAGGUUUGCGACGACGUAAACGAGUGCACAGAGAAAGAAUCGCUGUGCCCCGAUAGCUGUGUGAACACCGUCGGCUCUUAUUUAUGUCAGACGAAGGAUAAUCUGAAGCUUGCUUACGAGGACUGCCCGCCUGGAUAUCAAUGGGAGCCCGCUGCUGGUCUUUGUACAGAUGUUGACGAGUGCGUUAUAUUAUCGGAACCGUGUCCGGUGAGCAGAAAUUUCUGCGUGAACACGCAGGGUAGUUUCAGUUGCCUUAAGAUGCCAGGAAUUAAGUCUUGUCCGGCCGGAUUCAAGUUCGAUAAUCUGUCGCAGCAAUGCGAAGAUGUGAACGAGUGCGAGGAACAGAUCGACAGUUGCGUAAAUGCCACAGAGACAUGUCGCAACACCGAAGGCGCUUACGAAUGCGACAUAAAAUGCGAACAAGGAUUCGUAUAUAAUGCGAAUCUGGCCGCGUGUAUAGGUGAUCAAAUCGAGUCUACGGAAUCCUGUGAGCGUGGCUACAAGAAGAACCCAAGCACAAACAAGUGCGUGGAUAUUAACGAGUGUCUGGUAGGACCUGGUUGCCGCGAUCACGAGAAAUGCCUGAACACUCCUGGGAGUUUCAGAUGUUCUCCGCUGUGCACCAGUGGCUGGUACUAUAAUCCCGCAACGAAAGGUUGCCAGGACGUGGACGAGUGUCUCUUGGGACGACACUCGUGCCCGGAUACGCACAUGUGUGUGAACACGAACGGUUCCUUCGUUUGCGAACCGAUACCACCUUGCGAGAACGGUUUCAAACGCGCUCAGGACGGAGCGUGUGUGGACAUCGACGAGUGCUCAGAGAAUUUGCACAACUGCCUGCUGGAGUUGCACCAGUACUGUGUAAACGGGAAUGGGAGUUUUGAAUGUAUAACUAGAUUGCCGGAUUGUCAACCCGGUUACCAAUACUCGUUAAAGGCGAGAGCAUGCGAAGAUGUGGACGAAUGUGCCAUUGGGAGAUACAAGUGUGACUCUAGGCUGGAAGAAAAGUGUGUGAAUCUACCUGGCUCGUAUAAAUGCGAGAGGCCCAUGGCCAUUCAGCAGGCACGUUCGAAGCCUGCUUGUCCUUCCGGUUUCAGAUACCAUCCCCGUUUUAGAAAGUGCACAGAUAUCGACGAAUGCGCCGAGGGUUUGGAUUCUUGUGGAACCGAGAUUUGUUACAAUCAACCUGGCGGAUAUAGUUGCUCGAAACCAUUGAAACCGAUUACCAGAAGGCCAUUGACAACGACCACAACGCCGUUACCGUUACCAACGAAUAAGAAAUGUCCGCCCGGAACUAAAUACGUAGCGAAUCACUGCGUGGACGUGGACGAAUGCCGGGAACUCGAAGACGCGUGCACCAGCAACGAAAAUUGCAUAAACACGAUGGGGAGUUAUGUUUGUGAAUGCAGGAUUGGUUUCAGGCGUGAGAAUCUUACACAGGCUUGCGUUGACAUCAACGAAUGCCAAACGCAGGCAGACAGUUGUUCCAACGGCCAGAGAUGUGACAACACUAUAGGCAGCUACACCUGUACUCGUUACCUGUCCUGCGGCACCGGAUACACUCUGAACGCGGCCACUGAGAUCUGUGAGGACGAUGAUGAGUGUCUCCUAGGUACUCACGACUGUGGGCCGGGGUAUCACUGUAGAAAUACGCUCGGUUCCUAUCGGUGCGAUCGGAACUCGCGUGUGCCUGUUCCUCUGCCUCGUCUAGCUCUUGUCACGACUUCAACCACCACCACCACUACUACUAGCACUACACUUGCCCCGGUUACUCAAGAACAGAUUAAUCAAACUGUGACACAGUCGCAGGUGUUCGGCUGCAUUCGUGGCUUCGAGCCAAAUUCCAAUAACAAAUGCGUGGACAUCGACGAGUGUCAACGAAAUCCUAACGCCUGCGGUAGAACCAUGCGCUGUAUGAACACAAUAGGAUCUUACAGAUGCGUGUCUAAAGUGAUAUGCGGCAUUGGAUACACUCUGGACCCAGUCUCUGGGCAAUAUUGCGUGGACGUGGACGAAUGUGCGAACGGCACUCACGAAUGCGCUCCGAACCAGACUUGCGAGAAUCGUAUAGGUGGUUACGUUUGCAUAUGUCCAUCUGGACACGUUCCCGGUCCCAACAGGGAUUGCGUAGACAUCGAUGAAUGCAGUUUAUACGGGAACAUCUGCGGUCUGAACAGCAAAUGCGAAAAUACCAUAGGCUCUUAUCGGUGCAUCUGUGAAAAUGGUUUUGAGAACGUGGGUAAUUCACCCGGUGGCAGUUGCCAGGACGUGGAUGAAUGCAAGAUUACUCCUGGUCUGUGUCAGCACGCAUGCUACAACGUGUGGGGCAGUUUCAGAUGCGGUUGCAAGCCAGGGUUCCGUUUGAAUGCGGACAACCGCUCGUGCACAGACGUCGACGAGUGUACCGAGUUCAAGGACAACAGGCUGUGCAUCGGCAUCUGCGAGAACACGCCCGGAAGCUAUGCUUGCAAGUGCCCCGACGGUUACAAGCUCGGAUUGAACGGACGCACCUGUGAAGAAAUCGACGAGUGCAAGGCAGUUAAUCCCGUGUGCAGAGACCCAGACGAGAUUUGUCACAAUACUAGGGGCAGUUUCCGUUGCAACCGGAUAAACUGUCCUCCGGGAUACCAUCGAGAGCACGAAAAAAAGAACCGUUGCGUUAAAACUUAUCCGUGCCUCAUCGACGAUCUCCCCUGUCGCCGUCAACCCUCCCACUACUCGUACAACUUCAUCAGUCUGGUCAGUAUGCUGCCCAUCGCUCCAGGUAGACCAGAGGAUUUGUUCAAGAUGAAGGGAUACCAUAGCCCCGGUUCAACCAUGCAGUUUACUAUGGCAUUGUUGGAAGCAAGAGCACCGGCCGGUGUGCAACGUGCCACGGAAUCUUGUUUCACGUUAAGGAGGCCGGCACCUUUGCAGGCAGUCCUGGCAAUGACACGGCCUAUACAAGGUCCUCAGGAGAUCGAAUUGGAGUUGACCAUGGAGAUCUACCAUGGUCCAAUGUUCGCUGGGAGUGCAGUGGCCAAACUACUGAUCUUCGUCUCUCAAUACGAGUUUUAAUUCAAUGGAACUCCAUUUCUUUUAUUAUCAAACGAAAUUCAACUCGACAGAGAUCGUUUACAAUCGGUGAUUAACUGUAAGUACGUGGACAAAGAAUAAAUAAUGUUUAUUAUAUACUA